AUGAACAAUCAAGUCACAGAAACUGCCUCAACAAAUCACGAAGAACAAAAUGUUCUUCCAACAACGAGAGAAUCACAACAACAACAGCAACAAAUAAAUGUUGUUGAUGAUGCUACACUACAAGCUGUACUUAGUUCAAUGAGUGAAGUAGAAAUGAAUGCCUUUCUUGAAGAAUUAAAUAAAACAGGAAAAGCAUUUUUACCUGGUAUAGGUCAAACAAUAGAAUUAUUAACUGUUGCUGCACCGGUAGAGCUACCAACAACAACAGCAACACCAACUCAAACAUCAGCUGAAACUCUUCUUCAAGAAUUAACAACACUUAUUCAACAACCACCUGUUGAUAUUGUACCAAUGAAUAUUGAACAAAAAGUAAUGGGUACAACAGCACGUACAGGUAAUACAGCUGUUAAAUCAACAAUAACAUCACAUAAUAAUGCAACUAUUCGUAAACCAAUUCAACAACAAAUAACUAAUGAUGAAAGAAUGUUUUUUGGACGACCAACAACUAUUGGACAAGGACAAUAUCAUAAUCGUACUGGAUUAAUGUCUGGAAAUAAACAACAACCACAACAGCAACAACACCAACACCAACAACAUACAAUUUCAUCCCAACAACGACGACCAAUAUCUUGGUUUCAAAACCGUCCUCGACGUCAUUCAUCAGAUGAUGAUGAUGAUUCAGAUCGUGAUUCAUCUCCACCAAUGAGUAGUAAUGAUAGUUUGGGACCAACACGUCGUUCAACACGUGUACCAAAGCCAAAACAAGAUGCAGAUUUUGUUACAUUUCCUUUAUUAGAUCGAGAUGAAAAUGGAAAUCCAAUACCACCAACACCAUCAUCAAUGCCAUUAAAUAAAGCUGAAGAUGAUGAAGAUGAUAUACCAUAUCGUUUAAUGGAUUAUCCACGACCACAACAACAACAAAAUCAACAAUCUCAAUUAUCAUCAAGUGGACCAGGACGUAAACCACGUACAACAGCUGAAAUUCGUAGUACAACAAAUAUAAAUAAAAAACAAGCACGUUGGCCUGACGAUGAAUUAUAUCAUGUUAAAUCUUUUGUACCAUUAAUUAUGCCACAACAAAUAAUUAAUCCAUCAACAAUGAAAAAUAAAAUGACAUUAUGUAAACCAUUAGUAUCUGAACGUGAAGUUGAAGCUAAGCCAACUAGAUUUACUAUAGCUACACAAACAGAAAUGGAACAUAUGAUUCCUGAUGUACCUUUAGUUAGUUUACCUGUACCAAUUUAUCUUCCAUCACCAACACCGAGCUAUCGAUUAUUUAAACCAAAAGCUGUACCAAUACCAGUACCUUUCUUUGUACCAAUUAUGAUACCUGUCCAACGAAGUACUUAUAAAAAUAUACGUGAUUAUCUUCAAACGCAACGUGAUUUGUUACCUGAUGAUCCAUUUGAAGCAGCACUUGUUAUGCAUGCGGAAAGUCUUGCACGUGCAGAAAAUCAACCACAACAAACAAUAACAAAUGGACAUGAAUCAGUCAUGAUGAUGGAUUUAACACGUGAUGAUUCAUAUAUAACAACAUCACAAACAAUUGAAAAUUUACCUGAACUCGAUCUUGAAGCUCAUUACAUUGAUUCCAUUACAUCCAAUGAUCCUGAAGUUCAAAAGCUUCUUCGAAUGUUACCUGAUGCUGGAUAUCGUCUUAAGUGGACUUAUGGUGUUGAAGCAUUUCAACAAUGGUGUGCACAACGUAAUCGUUCUAUUUUAACAGAUACGCCAGAAGAAGCAGAAAUAGCAAAACAAUAUUUUGUUAAAUCUGAUUUACUUUCAUAUGUAAAUGGUGAUGAACUACAACAGGUUAUGGAUGUAUUUAUUCGUGAAGCUCGUCGUCCAACAGGAGAACAAUAUUUACCCGAGAGUAUUUAUUAUCUUUGUUUGGGUAUUCAAUUUUAUUUAAAUUUAAACAAUCGUCAAAUCGAUCUAUUCGAUCCUCGUUAUAUAGAAUUUAAUUCAACACUAAAUGGAAUUCUUCAAACUUAUACACCACGUCUUUUGACCGAUUCAAAUACAAUAGUAUCAUUAAUUGAUGAAGAUUUAUUAUAUGAUGUUCAUCAAUUAGGUACAUUAACAUCAUGGUCAUUAUUAACAACAUUACUUCAUACAAAUUCGAAAUAUUUUAAUUUAAAAACUGUUGAAGCACAUAUGGCUAUAUCAUUUGCAAAUUUUGGUAAAUAUUCUCAAUGGGUACGUUUAUCGACAAAUUCACCACAAGGACAACAAAUGAAUUAUUUACGAUUUUAUGCUCAUAAUCCAGAUCUGAAAUCAUUAGUAAAUUUACCAACGUUCUAUGAAAUCACUGAACAAAUGAAUGAUCCAGUUCGAUGUCCAAUAAAACAAUAUGAUUUUUAUGUAUCGAAAUGUCCUGAACAAAUUCGCGGCACAGCUGAUGUUUUUUAUUUACGUCCAAUAUCAGAGCAAAUUCAAGAAAAUUCUAUAUGGUAUUCAAAUGACUCAUUAUCACCAACAAUAAUUGAUCAAAUAUUAAAUAGACUUAAACUUAUACCUGAUUUUUAUAAUCAAACAAAACCAGUUGAAACAGGUUCAACAUCAUCAAAUGGAAAUAAUAUGGUUACGUCAACAACGACUAUAACAAAUAAUUAA